CGUUUCUCUCUUUUUCUCCCGCCCACAACACCAAGGUCAGAUAUCUGCACUCACCAGUUGACAAGUACGAAUUUCGUACUUGAAUGCUGUUCUCACGCAUCAUCUCUUCAUAACUCAAAUCCACAAAAAAAUUUGAAAAUCCCCCAAAAAAGCCCUUGACAGUUUCUGUCGAGAAGAAAAUCACCACCUUCAUCUACUUGACGCAAGUCGUAGCAAAGGACAAAAACGACUUCAAACGAUUAAAAAAAAAAAAAAAAAGGCAGUACAAAAAUAACCGAAACAGCGGCAAGCCACAGAGGAGCUCUAAAGACAGCAAACGAUUUGGGAAAUUCUGCCCAAAUUCGACAUUAGACCUACGCGGCUGUCUUUGACCUUGACGGCCAUCUCUUUGUCACAUUAAGAUCAAAGUAAAACCAUUUCGAUUCACGAUAUUUCGUCAUAAUGGCCGCCCCUGCCAACACCGCUGCUGUUGAUCAGCUCACCUCGGACCUCGCCAACGCCAGUAUCAAUGGCGGUGAAAAGACUACAGUCAACACCAAUGUCGGCGCCUCCUUCACGGGCGAGGAGAUUGACACGGCCGGUCCGACCCCCUCGUCUGCCGCCCCCCACCCCCAAGCGUCCGCAUCCCUCUACGUUGGCGAGCUUGACCCCUCCGUCACUGAGGCGAUGCUCUUCGAGCUCUUCUCCCAGAUUGGCUCUGUUGCAUCCAUCCGUGUGUGCCGCGACGCUGUCACUCGCCGCUCUCUCGGCUACGCCUACGUGAACUACAACACGACUGCCGAUGGCGAGAAGGCUCUCGAGGAGCUCAACUACACCCUGAUUAAGGGCCGGCCCUGCCGCAUCAUGUGGUCGCAACGUGACCCUGCUCUGCGCAAGACUGGUCAGGGCAACGUUUUCAUCAAGAACCUGGACGUCGCCAUCGACAACAAGGCUCUGCACGACACCUUUGCGGCUUUCGGUAACAUCUUGAGCUGCAAGGUCGCACAGGAUGAGAAUGGUAACUCGAAGGGUUACGGUUUCGUUCACUACGAGACUGAUGAGGCUGCUUCCCAGGCUAUCAAGCAUGUCAACGGCAUGCUCCUGAACGAGAAGAAGGUCUACGUAGGCCACCACAUCCCCAAGAAGGACCGCCAGAGCAAAUUCGAUGAGAUGAAGGCCAACUUCACCAACAUCUACGUGAAGAACAUCAACCCUGAAGUUACUGACGACGAGUUCCGUGCUCUGUUUGAAAAGUUCGGCGAUGUCACCUCGUCAUCGCUUGCUCGUGACCAGGAGACUGGCAAGAGCCGUGGUUUUGGCUUCGUUAACUUCACUUCCCAUGAGGAUGCCUCCAAGGCUGUGCAGGAACUUAACGAGAAGGAGUUCCAUGGACAGAACCUCUACGUCGGCCGUGCGCAAAAGAAGCACGAACGUGAGGAGGAGCUGCGCAAAUCUUACGAGGCUGCCCGCCAGGAGAAGGCCAGCAAGUACCAGGGUGUCAACCUUUACAUCAAGAACCUGGACGAUGAGGUCGACGAUGAGAAACUUCGUCAGCUCUUCGCCGAGUUCGGACCCAUUACCUCGGCGAAGGUCAUGCGUGAUAGCGUUGGUGAGCCUGGCGAGGAGGGUGAGUCCAGGGAGGGUGAGGAUGGCGAGAAGAACAAGGAGAACAAGGCCGAGGAGAAAGAAGGCGAGGAUUCCAAGCCCGAGGAGAAGGAAGGCGAUGACUCGAAGCCCAAGUCGAAGCUUGGUAAGAGCAAGGGAUUUGGCUUUGUUUGCUUCGCCAACCCUGAUGAUGCCACCAAGGCUGUCGCCGAGAUGAACCAGCGCAUGGUUAACAACAAGCCGCUGUAUGUUGCUCUGGCUCAGCGCAAGGAUGUCCGCAAGAACCAGCUCGAGCAGAGCAUCCAGGCCCGCAACCAACUCCGUAUGCAGCAAGCUGCCGCUGCAGCGGGUAUGCCUCAACAGUACAUGCAAGCUCCUGUUUUCUACGGACCUGGCUCCCAGCCUGGCUUCAUGCCCCCUGCUGGUGGCCGCGGUAUGCCCUACCCCCAGGGUGGUAUGCCCAUGCAGCCUGGCCGUCCCGGUCAGUUCCCUGCUGGCUUCGCUGGCCAACAGGGUGGACGCGGCGCCAUGCCCCAGGGCAUCCCGCCUAUGUACGGACUUCCCGGCCAGUUCCCUCCCCAGGGUCCGUUCCCUCAACCCAACAACCCGCAGUUCAUUGCCGCUAUGCAGCAGAUCCAGCAGUCAGCCCUUGCUGGCGGUCGCGGCGGUCCCGCCGGACGCGGGCCUAUGCAAGGCGGUGUGCCUGUUCCUGGCAUGCCUGGCGGUGCUGGCCUUCCUGGCUUCCCUCCCAACGCUAGGCAACAAGGUCCGGGUGCUGGACGCGGAGCUGCCGCUGGCCGUGCGCCUGCCGGUGCCCCCGCCGGCGCUCGUGGUGCUGGUGCUCCUGAGGGUCUCCAGGGUCAGCUGGCCGCUGUGGCUGAUAACCCUGGCCAGCAGAAGCAGAUCCUCGGCGAGGCCAUCUUCCCCAAGAUCCAGGCUAUUCACCCGGAGCUUGCGGGCAAGAUCACUGGCAUGCUGUUGGAGAUGGACAACAACGAGCUCGUUGCCCUUGUUGAGAACGAUGGUGCUCUGCGGUCCAAGGUUGACGAGGCUUUGGCUGUCUACGACGACUAUGUUCGCCAGCAGGGUGAUGGUGAGGCCCCGAGCAAGGAAGAGAAGACGGAGGAGAAGGCCUAAUCAAGCCAUGCUCCUCGGUGAUUCUUUUCGACUCUGAUAUGUGCAGAUGGCCAUAUCUUUUUGCAGAUGAUACCAUGCAUUUUUAUUGCGCCCUUUUUCCGGUUUAUUAUGAUGGAGGACUUUUACACUUGUUUGUUUUAUGCGGAUCAUGAGUCACGUUAUUUGGUUGGAAGGACAUCUCGUCCAGCUCUUGCGAAAAGAAAAAGAAACAAAUGGUCCUCUGGUUGGCGGCUUUUGCAACAGAUUUUACCAUGUAAUGAUAGACAUCUUUUUCCCGUUCAUGAAAGGAUACGUGGAGGGCAGUCCAGGGGGGUGUUUUACUGGAUUAGAGAUUAGGCUCGGAUUGAUCAGACACUGGGCUGCGAGUCUCACCACGAAAACGGCGUUCAGGGGUUGGGGAUGGCCUUGUUUGGGCCGGUCAUUGCUCGCGUUCUCGCUGGACUAGAUACCCUUAUAGUCCAUUUUUCUCUUAUCUUUCAACCUGCAUACUGUGCACACAGACUGUAUGAUUGUAGAUGGCUGUGAC